AUGGAAUUCGGUGAUUAUCGUUUCGAACAUUUUUUGCAUGGGCAUAAGGAUCAGUUGGAAGCAGGUGGAAUUCCGCCAGAGCUGUGGGGAAGUCUCUAUUCGAAAUUAAUGCAGCAGACCUUCGACGCUGGGAACUACUUCCGGAUUUUGUGCGAGGAGACAGACGAUGGGCGCAAUUGGAGCGUGUUUGCUACACGAAACCUUCAUCCGAUUGAUGAAUACAAUAUCUUCCUUAUUGACCACGCUUGGACGUUCCGUCCACAACAAGCACGAGAACAACUCGAGGAGCAUCCACAGUUGGUUGAUCGGAUGGCUAGAUUGCUUGAUAUCACGGCAGUGAGUGUUUUCAGCCCAUUCCCUUUCAUAGGGUCCCUGCUAACCAUCAGUCUUUCAGAUGCUCCUCUUCCACGACUUGAAUCCGUCGAUGCUCGCCUUUGUUGCAUUGUAAACGAAGACGACACUAUGAUCGAUGCAAUUCUUCGUAAAAUGUGGCAGUACAUUCAAACAUACACCGUGAGAUUCAAACCAGUGGAUGAGGAAGGUAUGCCAGUUUGGUAUAUAAUGGACGAGUUUGGAGUAAGGAUUUCUCAUUCGGACACACCAAAUGUUAGAGUCGUUCCGCUGUACUUCAUACCGCAUAAUGCCGCCUACAGUGUAGUAUUUCUUAUAAAGGAAGUCGCUGACGAAGAAAUUUGUCGCGACUAUGCUGACAAUAUUCUUGCACGACGGCAACCAGAGUGGCGACGUUAUCUGAUGAUGCCGUGGUUGGAAAAGGAGUUUGAAUUGGAAGAGGAGAUCGAACGUCAACCACCUGAUGAGAAUUUCUUCAUUUCUGGUCGUACAUUGGACGCACUGCCUACUGAUGCAGAUCAGCAGCUGGCAGUUGAAGCUCUUAAAAAGCGAGACCUUUCACGUCCCCUUCGAAUCUACGCUGAUGGUCUACAGAUGAUCGAGAGCUUGUCUGAGGUGAAGUACGAGGAAGUCUGCAAUUGGCGGGAUGCAGAUGUUUUAUGGUUGAAAAGGCAUUUCCUCUCUGUUCUGUUUGUGAUUUUCCCCCACGAAAGUUGCCUUACUGUAAAGGAUCUCUUGUCGGCAAUUCUUAUGGACCAAAAUGGAGGAGAAGGCCCAACUUGCUUCAAUUUGAACACAGAAUUACCGUUGUUCGUAUCCUACUUCCUCCAUCGGCAAGCGAAUGGCCUUGAAAAUAUUUGGAUCAUCAAGCCAUGGAACUUAGCCCGUGGCAUGGAUAUGUUCGUUUCUAAUGAUCUUCGGCAAAUUAUUCGUCUAACCGAAAGUGGACCUAAGAUCGCCUGCAAGUACGUUGAGCAUCCUGUUCUCUUCCCCCGAGUUGAUAAUCAAUGUAGGGUUAAGUUCGAUCUCCGUUACAUCGUGUUUGUGACACGAGUACGGCCUUUACGUGCCUAUGUAUACAACAACUUCUGGAUUCGUUUCGCUCUCAAUGAAUUUUCGCUGCAUCGACUCGACGAUGUAAACACUCACUUUACAGUUUUCAACUACGGUGAUGACACCAAGGUUUUGCAGAUGGAAUGCCCGAAAUUUAUCAAACAUAUCGAAGAAGCACACCCUUGCAUCAAGUGGGCCAACGUUCAAAAACAAAUUAACCAAGUUUUAAGGAAUGCCUUGGAUGCAGCAUGCCAUUGGGAUCCACCUCGAGGAAUGGCGAAGAAUGCACAGUCAAGAGCCAUGUAUGGUGCAGACGUCAUGCUCAAGUGGAAGGUGCAGCCGACACUGUUAGAGUUCAACUUUAUGCCCGAUUGUGAACGUGCUAUCAAUUACUAUCCAGACUUUGCUGACACCGUAUUCCGGACGCUGUUCUUGAACGAUAUCAAUCCGAAGCUUGUAACUGAAAUUUGA